AGAUUUUGAGUUCUAAGAAAUCUGAUUUGGUAAUAAAUAUUAAAUGAAAUUACCUUUCCCUUUUUUACAAUAUUGCAUUAAACUUUUGAUUGCAUGUUUUAAAAUACUUCAAAUGUGCUAAACGCGCGUUUUAUAUGUAUUUGUAUUGCUAUAUGUAGAUAAAAUCAAUUAUUUGGUUCGAAAUUUGAAAAAUUAAAUACAAAAUGAAUAUAAUUUUUAACAUCAACUUGAUAUAAGAUUAAAAAUUAUAAUAAUAAAUUAUGAUAAACAAUUUGCGCUAACCAAAUAAUAAUGUAUAAUUAUUGAAAUAGGAAUGAUAUAAAAGCAACAGCACUAACGCCGGUAGAAGUUUUAAAAAAUGUAAUUAAACACGUGGUAUGUAUUAUACAACUUGAAAAUUUAUAUUUUGUUGUUAGAUUUAUUAUUCACAACAUACAUCAUUCAUAUAAGAUUUAUAUUAUUGUUUUUUAACAUUAUUAUAAAUUAGUUUAAAUAAAUUUUGGGCAAUUUAUCCUUCCUUUUCCAUAACGUCAUGAUAAGUUAUCAUAAAGUUUACGACGUAAUUUGAUAAAAAGAUACAUAUAUCUUCAGAUUCCACAAAUUUCUUUUCACCCGCUUAAUUAAUUUACACUUUUUCAUAACACGAUCACAUUUUCGAUGGUAUUUAAUUACUUAGUGCAUCAAAAUGGAGAGUUUAAGGAGAAGUUUCAAACCACCAAAGAUGUUGCUAAGACUGUAUUCUCUCGUUAUUUUAAUAUUAGAUCUUGUGACACUUUUAUUUGGAAUAUUUUUUGCUAUCUUAAUUGCAUUAUAUAGAAUAUUUAGACCUCCUCCUUUAAAAAAUCUCUAUGGAGAAGUCGCAAUGGUUGUCGGAGCUGGUCGAGGCAUAGGUAGGGAAUUAGCAAUUCAUUUGUGUCAACUUGGUGUUAAUGUUGCAUGUGUCGACAUUAACAGUGAAAAUUGUGAUACUACUGUACACUUAGCAUCUAAAUCAGUAGGAGUUGCUAAAAUGUAUAUUUGUAAUAUAACAGAUAAGGAUGAAGUAGCUCGUAUAGUGAAUAUUAUUAAAUCAGAGUUAGGUGAAGUUACAAUGCUUUUCCAUUGCUGCAGUAUACCAAGUCCUAGAGCAUUACUUCAAGAUCCACCUGAAAUAAGGCAUACAAUUGAUUUGACGAUUCUAAGUCAUUUUUGGUUAUUGGAUACAGUUUUACCAUGCAUGGAACGGGCUGGAAAAGGGCACAUAGUGGUUCUAUCAUCUGUGGCUGGCCUUUCUGGUACUGCCACAGGAGGAAACAGAGUUUCUUUGUCCACUGCACAAUUUGCAGUUCAAGGAUUAGCUGAAUCAUUACAUACUGAAUUAAGACAUUUGAAUAGUAACAUAAUAAUUACUUUAGUUCACGUUUAUCCAUUUAUUGUAGGCGCAGAAAUAGCAAAAGAUAUUCGUUUUAGAAUACCAAGUUACUUUGGUACAAUGCCCGCCACAGACGCAGCUGAACAAAUUUUAGAUGGAGUUCGCCGAAAUUAUGCAGAAUUCAGCGUGCCUGGAUAUUUACUUUACUUAGGUCAUAUUCUUAGAAUACUUCCAAAGAAGGCAUCAUUUAUGUUACGUGACUUGCUAGACACUGGUGUCGAUUUUGGAUGAUAUUUAAUUUUCCUAAUCAAAUGUGAGAAUUUAUUUUUAUUAUGUUAAUAAGAUUUUAUAAUGAUAACAAAAGAACUUUAAUGUACUGAAAAACGAAUAUUUUAUUUAAUUUUGUAUAUGUAUAAUUUGGUCUUUGAAGUAUUUUUCACUACAGACCAAUGUUUGUAGUUCAUUUUAUUAUUGUGGUAUAAAAUUUCAUAUAUAUUUUUACUUAUAUACGUUUUUAUACAUUCUAACAUUUAUAUAAAACGAAAUACUCUAGUUUAUUAAUAAAUAAUCACAUGGGCUGCGCAUAAAAUAUUUUAUGACACAACUGAAAUAUCAAUUAGCAGUUAAAAUAGAUUUUAUACUUACGUUUCAUGUAUGAUACAUACACACGUGAUAUAAGUAUUAAAUAUUUAAUAAACUGAAUAAGUACUA